GUCCCCAAGCAAGAAGAACAUGUUCUCUUCUCCGCCCUUUUCUCUUCUACAGUAUCUGUUACCUCAGUCAGAUUGAAGAUGCACAUAUGUGGGGAAGAUAAUCGACUUCCAGCCUCCUUCAUGUAAUCUCUUCCUGAUUUAGGAAUCUCUAACCCACUACCGGAACGUUAAGCGGCUUCUCCGCUUUCCUGCCGUGAGAAACUCGAGGUGACAACCUCCGCUUCCGGUUGGUUCCGGUUGCAGAGUUGAGUGUCCUGAGAGGUCAGAUUGAUUUCAGGGACAAUAAUUAAAAAUUGGUUGAAAAACACUGCCUUAGAAGCUGCCUGUAUGUUUCUGUGAUUCCAUCUCCUCCACCAAGAGACAUGGCCCAUGGACAUGGACAUGAACAUGGACACCAUAAAAUGGAACUUCCAGAUUAUAGACAAUGGAAGAUAGAAGGGACACCAUUAGAAGAUAUCCAGAAGAAGCUGGCUGCAAAAGGGCUAAGGGAUCCAUGGGGCCGCAAUGAAGCUUGGAGAUACAUGGGCGGCUUUGCAAAGAGUGUUUCCAUUUUUGAUGUAUUCUUUAAAGGAUUCAAAUGGGGAUUUGCUGCAUUUGUGGUAGCUGUAGGAGCUGAAUAUUUCCUGAAUUCCCUGAAUAAAGAUAAGAAGCAUCACUGAAGAUAAUACCUAGAAGUAUCAUAGUGGUUUCUUAACUCUCCAAAAUAAGAUUUCUUCACUAUAACCUACUCGUCUGGUUUGUCCCUUACAGAAUAUUAGUAAGAUUUAAUAAAGUAAAAUAAAAUAUAUAUAUGCCAA